AUCUGAAAGAAGCUGCAUAAAUAUUCAGUCAAAUCUCGAUAAGAUUUCAACCUGUUGCAGAGAUUGGCAACUUGCUCUAAAUGUUCAGAAAGAAAUCAACAAAAUGGCAGAAGCAUUUCUACUUCAGCAAGGACACACAAGGGAAAAAUUGAUGGAAGAAGCCAUGCAUAUUCAAAGAAUCAUUCCAGAGAGAAAUAUUGAUGAGAUAUAUUCAUCACUUGAAACUUUCUUUGAUGACCCAAAGAGGGUACAGAGAGUUGUGCUCAAAUUUUUAGACCAUGUAAGGGUAGACAAAGACACUGCUGGUGAGGCCACUGAAGAGUUACCUAAGAGAGCUAGGAAAAGAAACUAUGAUGCUGACCGUAAUCAACCAUCUACAUCAGGAAUUCCACCAAAAAAGCCUUCUAAAAUUCAUGUUAAGAGUGAUGCAAAUGAAGACAACAAGACUGAGAAUGUUGGUGUGUCAACACAUAGUGAUUCUCGUCCAGCAGAGAGUGACAAAGUUACCAUAGCAGAUGGGCUGGAUGUAGUUUUAGAUCAGUGUAAUUUGGUGAAUAGAAGUGAUUCAGUUAGUGAUGUUAGUUCAGAAAGUGACAAGUUUAAUGAAAUUAAGGAAUAUUUGUGGCAAAAUGAAGGAUUUGCAUUCUCAUCUGAAGAUGAACUUGAACUUUCUGAUCCAGAUGUAAUGGAUCCUAGUUCUGAACCAGUUAAGAAUGUCAAUGCAAGACAGAGGGAUGAAGUAAGUAAUGAACCAUCAACCUCUUUUUGGGAUCCUACAGUUCCAAGACAUACUGGAAAUGGAAAUCAUAAGAACACACUUGACAGGAACCUUCCAGUUGAUUUGACACUGCCUGGACCAUCUACUGCAAACUAUGAUGAUUUACUUGCUCCUCCUCAACUUGAUGACAGCGAUGUUGUAUGCAUUGACAUUAAUGGGGUGGAUGAUGAAAAGAAACAAGCAUAUUACAAUUCUCUCAUUGAAAUUUUCCCUGAUGCGCAGAAGGAUUUUCUGAGAGCAAUAUGCGAUAAAUGUUCACAAGAUGCCGACUGGUUAAGUAAUGCUAUAUCAGGUUUAUUGGAAAAUGGUUACCCAAAAGCUGCAGAUAGCAGUGAACAAGAAGGGGAGCAAGCAGCAAACCAGAAACUUUCUGGAAGAACAGAAGAAGAAAAGAAAAUGAUAAUAGAUGAAAAUUAUACUAAUCUGCUUGCUAUAUUUCCAAAUGCUGAUCCAACUUAUAUAAGAGAGACCUGUGAACAGAUUGCAGAUGAUGAAGACGCAAUGAAAAAAUUUGUUAGUGACACUUUAGAAAGUGGCAAGUAUCCAACAUUAGCAGAGUAUGAGGAACGAAUGAAAGUAAUGGAAAUUAGAGAGAAGUAUCUCAAGAAUUUCAAAAUUGAAGAGUUUCUGGAAAUUUUUCCUGAUCCUUUUAAGUACUUCUUUGAAGAAAAAAAAAAUGAUGAAAAAGAGUCUGAGUUAAGUUUAAAUUACCUAAAAUCCCGUUACAGAAAAAUACGUAUAGUAGUUUUGCAAGAAUAUUUGAUGAAAAAUAAAUACAGUCUCACUAAAGCAUGUGCAGAGUUAGACAAAUGCCGGAAUUUUAUGAAAUCAAAGCGUGGUGAACAUGAAAUACAGUACAAUGAAAAAGACAUGAAGAAUAUUCCAUUUAUGCAGGAGGUAGCCUUUAUUGAAAACAAAGAAAAGAUAAAAAAAUAUCUAAAUGAAAAGGAAUUGAAGAGAGUUAAAUCAUUCAAAAAGGCUAAGGAAAAUAAUGAGUUGCUGGAGUGUGGUUGUUGCUAUGAUGAUGAAGUUCUAGCAGAGGACACUGUCACAUGUAUUGAAGGUCAUAUAUUCUGCAAAACCUGCUUGCAAAAGUACGCUGAAACCCAAAUUGGAGAUGGAAAAACUAUCUUUACAUGUUUAAGUAAUUGUGAUGCAGAGUUCAGUCUCAAGAUGUUGCAGGGUGUUCUCAGACCUUCAGUUUUUUCAAAAAUGUUACAAAGGAAGCAAAUAGAAGAGGUUAAAUCAGCAGCUAUUCCUGGCUUAGAAGUAUGCCCAUUCUGUGAUUUUGCUUCCAUUCCCCCAGAAGAAGAUAAAAUAUUUCGCUGUCUAAAUCCUGAAUGCAUGAAAGAAUCUUGCAGGAAAUGUAAAGAGCUCAGUCACAUACCUCUGCGAUGUGAAGAAGUUGAGAAGCCUGAAGAAGUGAAGAUAAGAACUUACAUUGAAGACAGGAUGACCCAGGCAUUAAUAAGAACAUGUUGGCGAUGUGAAAAAAAAUUUAUCAAGAUUGAUGGUUGCAAUAAGAUGACAUGCACCUGUGGGGCUCUAAUGUGCUACAUUUGCCGCAAACCUGUAAAAGAUUACACACAUUUCAAUGGAGAAGGUGGUACAGAGUACCAUAAGUGUCCACUGUUCAGUAAAAAUGAUGACCUACAUGUCAAGGCUGUGGAAGAAGAAGCAGCAAAGGCUAGAAAUGAGGCUCUAGCUAAGAAUCCCAAUAUACAAUUGAAACAUGAUCCAACACACAUACUUCCAGAACGGACUCAGCCAGAUGUUCCUGAUCGACAUAAUGUUCAUUUUGUGCCGUAUAAUGGAAGAUAUCCAGUUCAUGUCAAUUUACACUUGCCAGCAGGUGCAGCGGAAAUUUUGCCAGCCCGCCGUCACCACAAUGUACACCCUCCGCCAGGUGGUGCAGCAGAGCUGAAUUGGCUGAAUCCAGUAAUUGCUGUAGGUCAGCAACGUUUCAUGGUAGCCCAGGGGCCUCAUAUUGUGGUGGAAGGACCCAGGCACGGUGCCAGGCUAAUAGUUCCCCCUGGAAUCGACAAUGGGCCAGAAGCACAAGGACAACAGGACAGGCCUGCUGUGAGGCUAAUAGUGCCCCCCAGAUUCGACAAUGGGCCAGAAGCACAAGGACAACGGGACAGGCCUGUGGAACGGGUUCAGCUGGCCAGACCGGCAGUGGGACAGGGUCAGCAAGUCGUGGCAAUGGCGCAGGCAGUAGUGGCAGCAGCUGUGCACCAGCAGCACGCCAGGGUGAUAGAAUUGGUGCACGGUCAGCGGGCCAGGGCGGCAGAAGCGGCGCACGGUCAGCGGGCCAGGGCGGCAGAAGCGGCGCACGGUCAGCGGGCCAGGGCGGCAGAAGCGGCGCACGGUCAGCGGGCCAGGGCGGCAGAAGCGGCGCACGGUCAGCGGGCCAGGGCGGCAGAAGCGGCACGUGGUCAGCGGGCCAGGGCAGCAGAAGUGGCGCACGGUCAACGAGACAGGGCGGCAGAAGCAGCACAUGGUCAGCGACCCAAAGGAGCAACACAGCGUCAUCAGGUUAGGCUGGUGGCAUCAGCAGGAGGGGCUCAGGCUCUGCAGGCCAGGCAAGGUGCUCAGGGACAGCAGGUGAGGUUGGCAGCAGCACAGGGACAGCAGGCAAUGCCAGCAGCAGCACAGGGACAGCAGGCAAUGCCAGCAGCAGCACAGGGGCAACAGGCAAUGCCAACAGCAACACAGGAGCAGCAGGCAAUGCCGGCGGCAGCACAGGGACAGCAGGCCCGACCUGUGGUGCCGCACCGUCCGGUUAGGCGAGCAGUGGAGGCUCAGAGAGGCAGUCCUGUGGCACACCUGCUGUUAGCAAGAGUUCAGCGGCAGCUGCCACCACCUGCAGGUCAGCCUGCAGCUCAGCUGGAAGUUCCUCUAGUCAACCAUCCUCCACUAGCAGCUGAUGACUUUGUUGCCCAGUGGUUAGCUGCAAUUCCACCCGAGCUGGAAAUACCAGUCGCUCAGGAUCAACAGAGACCGCAGGAACCUUUGCCACAUUAGAGAGGACAAAUUGUCUUCUUAAAAAACUACAUUUUUAGUAUCUGAUAGGUGAAUAAUUUCAGACAAUUUGUGCCAAUUGUGUGUGAAGUUUUCAUCACAUGUUGUUGUUCAGAAUCCUAUUACUUUAUUAUCUGUGUCCCCCCUAAAGGUUACGUGCUGUAAACCUGGAAUAACAUCAUGUUAUUGGAUGAGAGUGUUACUGAAUAAACCAGUGUGUUACUUAACCUAGUAUGUUUCCUAUGUGGAACCAGUGCAACCUAUACGGGCUGAAAUGGACCCGAGUCGGCUGUAAAAAUAUUGUAUACCGUCAGUAGCAGCUGUUUACACAACCCAUUGAAGCACAAAAAUUUAACAUUUUUCUGUGAAUUCUCUCUCUACAUAUACAGCAAAGAAUGUUAAAUUAUGUACUGUGUGAUGGUCUCUCUCUCUAUCUGUGUGUGUGUGUGUGUGUGUGUGUGUGUGUGUGAGAGAGAGAGAGAGAGAGAGAGAGAGAGAGAGAGAGAGAGAGAGAGCGAGCUUAGCUGAAAGAGCUAAACACAUUAAUAUGUUUUUCUGAGAAUGUAUAAAAAUAUUGUAAAUCGGCAGGGGUCUCUCAGUUUCUCGAAUAAAAAAAAAAAAAACUUUGUGUCUCUUUUAAAUAAACAUCCUGUAAAGCUUUUAAUUUGUGACUUCACUGUUACCAAUUCAUAUAUAUGUAUAUCCCUUGUUAUUAAGUUGAAAGUCAAAAGAUACUGAGCAAAAGUCUAUACAAAUCAUAUAGUAUGAUUUUGUAUAUAAUAUAAUAUUCCAUAAUUUAAUGCUUAUUUGAAAAUGGUUCAUUCUGAAAUUUAAAUUGUCAUUUUAAGAAUGAUUUAGCAGAGUUAACUGGGGAUCCUCUGGUAUAUAUUUUUCAGAUGUAGCACAACAUGUGAAGAUGUCUUACCAAAGAAAAACUUGUACAGUGUAUAUUUAAGGAAAAAAUACGCUUAGAUUGUAUUUUAUGUCCUGUGUAUGUGCGUCUCCCCCCCCCCCCCUCCCCUAUCAAACUGUUACAGAGAGCAUAGACUGAUAAAAACAGGCUCCAUGGUGUGCAAAAAUAGCCAGCUAGUUAUCACAACAAACGCUUCUUAAGAGUUGAAGACACCUCAAAACAGUACUCCCCAUAUUAUGCUGAAUAAUUUAUGUAACAUUCAUUCUAUCUUUUGGUGUGUUCUCUACUCAUGUGAAGCAAUUUUUAAUAUUCUGAACACUUUACUAUUUGCAGUCUAAAACCGAUACUGAGUAAAAAUGAUUCAGUGGUAAACUGUCAGUCCCGAGCAAGUAGAGGCCAGUUAAAUAAUAGUGUCUUGAUGAGACAGGAAAACUCUAAAAUAGACACACUCAGGAGGAACAAGGAAAUAAUGGGAGAUGUUUUUAAGCUUUGUUUCAUAGUGGUAAGAAAAUUUGAGGUGAUGACAUAUCACUCUCAAAUUCAGAGGCAGCUGUGCUAACAUAUGAAGCUGGUUGUAUGCAGUUACUUUGUAAUCUAUAGAAUGUAUACUGUUUCAGGGUUGUCAUAUACUUACCUUGUUUGUUUACAUCAUGGAAUCAUUUCUAUUUAUGUAACCUCUAUAUUUUCAUUAUAUCAUAAAAGGCAAAGGCUAAUCAAUGGUUCUGACCAUUGUUGCAUGCAUUUGAAUCUGUUAAAUACUUUUUAUGGAGUAUCAGUAGAAUCGAGGAUUUCAUAACUUUCUUUAAAAUCAUUAUAAUGACCUUACUGAGGGAUGUUGUUCUGUAAUCUAGUAGUAUGUGACACAACUACUGUGGUGGAACUUUGGCACAAGUAAAAGAAUUUUAAGAAUGAAGGUCUUAUAUUGAUCAGGAGAUUCCGUUGUUGUUGUAGAAGUGAGAUAGUGAUGAGACGUGGAAGCAAAAAACAUGGUGUCAGCAGCUGUGCUUGAAGUGAGUUACUAGGUCGAAGCAAACACCAUUUGUCCUUUGUCUAACAUGGAAUUUGCACAUUAAAUGAUCAAUAAAAGUUUGCUUAGAGAGAAUGGGGAUUAAGCUGCAGAGGAAGAUAAAACAUAUGGCAAAUUUUAAUUUACUGACAUUGAACCAUCUCUAACCUACAGGGAAAAAAAGAAUGCAUUUACUGUGGAAGUCUAAAAACCAGAUCAUGGUUCUCCCUUUCCACUCACAUUCUUUUGCCACAAUCAUCUUGUCCCCUUCCAUCACUCCACUACCAAUUAUUUUUGUUCUACCCCAUUACAGUUUUGUAGCAGUUUUUGCUUUAAACUGUCAUUUACACAAGGAGCCUGACAGCUGAUUUUCUGCAUUUGCAGUAUUGUUUAUUUAUAUACUUAUUCAUUACUCCUAGUACUGUAGCAACAAAAUUACAACUAAGCCAUAGAGUGAGUACUGCAUAAGACAUUAUUUGGCAAUUUACACAUAUGUGUUUUGCAUGCACAGAGUGCAAUGGUACUUCAUCUGUUCCCCUCGUGAGUAUCCCUUCUGCUUUAUCUCUUCAGCACUGCAAAAGUGUGUGUUGUGCUUGUAUUAUUUCAUUUUGUGUAUGUUUAUGAGUUUGGACAUCAAAGUGUGUGAUUUUUAUAUUUCUGCUGUUGUGUUUAUUUAUAAGAGUUUUUAACAUAAUCUUUUAUAAUUUUAUACAUUAUUGAAAAUAAUCAUAUGGUUCCUUUUAAUUAUAUUCCAUAGUGUUAUAUCUCUUUUAAUUAUAUUCCAUAGUGUUAUAUCUCAAAAAUCAAUGUUGAACAGUUUGAAUGUGAUGACAUUGAAUAUGAAUAUAUUGUUGUGAUUUUAUGACAGUAUUUU